CUGCCCGUUGCCCACGGACAGGGAAUUACGCACACGUCCCCUAGGCGGCGAUCGCUACGCGAGUGCCGGUGCGGGAAUGGCGCGCUCGCUGGGCCGUUGGGCUUUGCGCUGGGCCGCGCAGGCCCGAGCGCUGUCAGGCUCGCGGCGGGUGGCGGACAUCAAGUCCGGUUACACGGCGGUGGAGCUGGGGAAGCCGGAGGAGAUGAUGUUUGCGGAGUACGCGGCCGAAACGGAAGAGGAGGUUGAGGUUUUGAGCCAAGCGCGGGCGCUCGUUGCUCAGGCGGUACCGGCGGAAAGCCCUGAGGUCGCCCCCUCACUCGGGGCGCUGCGCCGCCAACUGCUCGCCUUAGAGGCGCUGAAGCCGGCCAGGGGCGCAGAGGCUCGGAAGCCUGCGCGGAGCGCCGAGCCAGUGGUGACCGAUCCGAGCUUCCCGCUGCCCGAACUCUCGUCCAAGAAGAAGCGGCGGCAACGGAACCAAGCAGGAGCGGAGGCGGCCGCGGCCCCGACCCCGCGUGGGGAACACCGGUUAUACGGCACCGCUGACCCUCUGCAGCACCCCAGCGACUGCCCGUGCUCAGGCUGCGGCGCCGUGCUGCACUGCACCGACCCCUCGCUGGCCGGCUAUUUACCGAGCGAGAAGUACAAGCAGCUGGUGGCGGCCGAUGCGGCCGCGCUGCGACGCGCCGUGUGCCAGCGCUGCUUCCUCCUCGUCCACCACCAGAAAGCCCUGGAGGUGCAGGUGCCGCUCGACGAGUACCGGCGCAUGAUGCGGAGGGUGGGCCGGCACAAAGCCCUGGUGCUCUACAUGCUGGACCUACUUGACCUGAGCAGUGGCUGCAGGCUGAUCGCCGACCUGUUGCCUUUGUUGAGCGAUCACAGCAGUGUGCUGGUGUUGGCCAAUAAGACCGACCUGAUUCCGGCCGACAACUCCCACUACUUGCAGAGACUCCGGCGCCAGGUGCUCCAGCGGUGCAGCCAAGCUGGUUUGUGGACCGAGCCUCAAAGCAAAGGAGACGUGCACCUCAUCAGCGCCAAGACCGGCUAUGGCAUCGAGAGUUUAAUUUCCCGUUUGCAGAGCACCUGGAAAUUCCAGGGCGACGUCUACCUAGUCGGCGGCACCAACGUGGGCAAAUCCACCCUCUUCAACACCCUUCUCCAUUCGGAUUACUGCAAGUCCAAAGCCUCCGAUGUCAUCCAAAGAGCAACAGUGUCCCGCUGGCCUGGAACUACAUUGAACCUUCUCAAAUUUCCAAUUAUAAACCCCACACCACGUAGAAUGUUUCAACGGUUACAGAGACUGAAAGCUGCUAAGUCACAGACUGAAGAUGACCUUGAUGAAGAGGAGUUGAAAAAUCUUCAGCAACUGAAGAAACAUGGCUACUUGAUUGGCAGAGUUGGUAGAACAUUUCGUAAUACUCAAGUGGGUGAGCAGCAUAACAAAGGAAUAAUCGAAUGGAAUCCAGACGAACUUGCCCUGAGUCCAGAACCAGAACAGGUUAUUCAAGAAAAUGCCUCAAACUCACAAGACCUGAUCGAAUUCACAUACAAUGAACUAAAAGAUGCUCGUUGGUUUUAUGAUACGCCUGGCAUCAUAAAACAGGACUGUAUUUUAAAUCUACUUACAAGUCAAGAGUUGAAGGUUGUGAUGCCAUCCUCGGGUAUCAUCCCUCGAACGUUUGUACUGAAGCCAGGAAUGGUACUCCUUCUGGGUGCUCUCGGUCGUAUUGACUUUCUGAAGGGUGAAGAGUCAGCCUGGUUUUCAGUUGUUGCUUCCAACAAGAUUCCAGUCCAUAUUACAAGCCUUGAAAAAGCAGAUGCAAUCUAUAAAAGACAUGCUGGAAGUGUACUACUUGGAGUAGGUCAAAACUGCAUCGUGUGGCUUCUGUACCUCCUUCCUGAUGGUAACAAUGAGAAGAGGGCGUGUCCUGGAUGGAGGGGGUCCUUAAUAAUAGAUGCAGCCUUCCUAGGGCACCACUCCUUGAAGAUGUCUUGGAUACUACAGAGGCUAGUACUCAUGAUGGAGGUUCCUAUUGGUGGUGAGGAGAGAAUGAAAAACUUCCCCCCUCUGGUGUCCCAGGAUAUUGAAUUGGAUGGAAUUGGAACCCUUGAGGCUAUUGCUGACAUUAAAUUUUCUUCAGCAGGCUGGGUUGCAGUGACUGCACAUCCAAAGGAUAAGAUUCACCUUCGAGCAUAUAUUCCUGCUGGAAUUGGCUUAAUGGUUGAGAAGCCACCUGUCCUACCAUUUAUUGUUGGGAUUAAAGGAGAACGAAUAAGAAACACCCCAGCUUAUAAACUUAAAAAGCCAUUGCCAUUUGUUCAAAACCUUGCAGCCCACUAGAGGAAUGUGACUGUGGCAUACUUAUAAAAAUGACUUGUAGAACUGUUUGUUGAAACUCAAUGUGCAAGUUACAUUUUUUUUGUAAUUUUGAAAGGAAGCUGGUUAUGUUAUCAGCAAUAUCUGUACUGAUAAUGUUGGAGUGUUGUACUUUUGACAGAAUUGAGAAUAAAUGAAUGCACAACAAUCACA